AUGCUCUUCACCCACCUCCUCCCAGCGGACUCGGCCCUCAACGAGCCUCUCUUCACCUACGCUCUCUGUGCCUCCCUCAUCAUCCAGCACGGUCUCUUCCACCUGCUCUCACGCACCAUACUCGCAGGUCCCGACCUCGCCCAACAGAAGAGACGCGCCUGGAUUUUGACAACCCUCAAUGGCCUAGUCACUUCGCUCGCCGCCGUACCCUUUCUGUGGGACCUUCUGGCUAGCGGUUUCGAUCUGCACGCUAUCAGGCUGAGAACCCGGUUCGCGAAUAUCUACCUCAUGAGCGACUUGGGGCUUGGCAGUAUUUACUACAGGAAGUUGAUCAACUUGAGCUCGGGAUGGAUUCAUCAUACGGUGUACUUGGGCUUCUUCAGCUGGUGGGUCCACAGAGGGUGGGGGCACAUUGUCGUUGCGGCGUGCAUCUUUGAGCUUCCCACCUUCAUAAUGGGAAUUGCCUCAAUCCACCCACCACUUCGCAGCAACGUCGCCUUUACCUCGACUUUCUUCGUCACGCGUAUCUUCCUUCACAUCGCUCUCCUCGCAUCUUCAAUUACACCGCACGGCCGCUCUGCUCCGCACAUCGACGGCUCAUGGGGCGUCGCGACAUCCCUCAUCGUCACUCUCCCCAUGCACCUCUGGUGGGGGUACAAGUGCGCGCUCAGCGUUCGCCGUCGCAUGCACAAGCGCAAGAUGGCGGCGAGAGCGGAGAGAGAGAAGGAGGCCAAUGCCUUUGCGAACGUGGCGGGCCAGGCCUUCAAUGGGUUUGGGGCCCCAGAUGUGCAUAGCGCUGUCAAUACGCCCCUGCCUACACCUGGACCUAGCCCUGCCGUCGUACCGGCUGCCUUCGCCAAGGCGGCGGCUGCGGCUAGUCGUAAACCAAUUCAGCUCGUAUUGGGACGCAACCGUAAGGGAUCGGCUGCCUCAGCAGGCUCGACCGCUGCUCCAAUGGAGAGAAGCUCAUCGGGCCACGGCUUCCUGCAAGUUCCCGACCCUAACGCCGGAUCUUCCACCUCUUCACGUCGUAGCAGUCUCGACUCUCGUCGCUCCUCCUCCGAGGAAGGCACCGCUUCCACCAAAAAAGCCCCUCGCCCAUUCACGCAGCCCGUUCCCCCACCAGGGGCGACGGCCGACUCGCGCGAGCCUUUCCUCGCCAUCCGCUCCGCGGCAGAGGGACGAGAUCGUGCCCGUCGACUCGUGGCGGACGGGGUGCGUCGUAUGUGGUUUGGUGCGCCAGUCAGCUGGAGGAGGCAGUUUGAGGAUGAGGCGAGGCUGAUGGACGGAGUUCACGAAAAGCCGAGAAGAGCCAAGCGGUCUCUGGCCGAGGCGUCAGAUACUGAGCCCGAGGAGGACAACGACGAUGAGGCGUACAGCUCGAGUCGCGCCCAGCGGGCACGAGCUUUGCUGCGCCGAGGCGUCCUUCGGGCGGUACGUCGUGCCAUCAAUGGGCGCGGCGUUCAGCCGGAUGACCUCAACUCAGAAGGCGAGGUCUUCCUCACGGCCGACAAUGGCGAGCAACAAGCACUCACCGACGACCGUGCCCUGCGCUCUCUUGAUCUUGGUUCACUUCUCAAGCUCUCCGGCCUUCCACAGCUGCCGCCAGACCUCGUCGGCCAGCCUUUUGAGGUGAGGCCUAUGGAGGUGGAGCGACGCGAGGGGCAGAGGAGGAGGAGUCUUGUUGCUGAUCUGAGGAGGAAGAUGGAGAUCAGGGCGAGGGAUGUCGUGGUGUGGGAUUGAGUCAAGGCGCUGCUAUUGAAGAAAGGCGCUCUCGUGCGGCUGCUGGAGACGGAGGGCCACAACUGGACUUCUUCUACAUUCCCUGUCUUGUCGACUCUUUGAUACCCUAUUGCUCUGACUCUCUCACUAUCUCAUUAACACGAAUUCACUCUCAUGACUACCAUUGAAUCCGUAUAUGCAGGAGUAGAGUAAUGUCCAUUUGCGCAUCAUGUAUUAGCAGAUGGCCGUUCCGCAUUAGCGUAGCGUAUAACUGCGGCUCCUCUGAUCACAUAGCGGGGUC